AUGAACCGCAUGCUUGAUCCUCCCUUGCGAAACCCGUUCCAUGCGCCUCCGGUCAGCGACCUCGCCACGAAGUCCAGGACAAUACCACUUCUCUCGCCCACAGGUCCCCCCGGUCCCGCAAACGACUCUAUCAGUCCCGGUGACCCCAUGGACAUGAGCCCGUCCGCCUCGACCUCGACCUCCAUGGCUCCGCCGCUCCAGAACGGUGCAGAGCCGGAGUCUGCAAGUGCGAAUGCGAAUGCCAAUGCCAAUGCAAACCACACAAACGGCACUUCUCCCAUGGACGCAGCAGCGCAGUCGCAAGCUGCGAACUCGAACCAUCCAAUUGGCGCCGCAGCUGCCGGACAGCAGCCCAAGGUCGUCCAGACCGCGUUCAUUCAUAAACUAUAUAGUAUGCUGCAGGACCCCAGCAUCCAACAUUUGAUAUCAUGGUCAAGCUCCAAUGAGAGCUUCGUCAUGUCUCCCUCCUCAGACUUUUCAAAGGUUCUAUCGCAAUAUUUCAAACAUACCAAUAUAUCGUCAUUUGUCAGACAGCUAAACAUGUAUGGCUUCCACAAAGUGAGCGAUGUCUUCCACACAGGGUCGCCGGACUCGCCAAUGUGGGAAUUCAGACACGGAAACGGCAGCUUUCGAAAGGGUGAUGUUGCUGGCCUCCGAGACAUCAAGCGGAGAGCUUCCAGACAUGCGCUGAUUCACCGAGACUCCUUCUCGACCCACAAGGCAAAUCAGUCGCAGCCAGGUACUCCCGCUGAAGCCGCCAUGGACGGACUCGACCCCAGAAUGGCUAAUCUGGAACAAUCCUUGUAUGACAUGCAUAACCGCCUGGCGCGGAUGGAGGAUCACAACGCGCUUCUAAGCUCACAUUGCCAUAUCCUCGCCGACGGCCUAGCUAGAUGUCAUCAGUGGACAAGUACGAUGUCGUCUUUUAUAGUCUCCCUGGUCCCUGAUGCCGAGAAUUCUAUACAUAAAGAAGCUGCAAAUAUGCAACGAGAAAUAACCCGACAGCUGGACUACAUCCGGACUCUGGAAAACCCCCAGGAAGCCAUGCUGGCAGGACGACAGCCCUACUUCUCCAUGUCCAUGGACCCCGGCCCUCCGCCGCUCUCCCCACGCCAGGUCUGCCAGGAUGACGGGAGACGGCCGUCCGGAAUCCGCCAUCCCUUACCACCCCAUAUCACCAUCUCGCCACACCGUCAGGGCUCUCUCGGCGGAAACCCAACACCAGUCUACAGCAAACCUCAGAUCCCUCAUCAAUCAACCCUCCACCCUCUAGCAUCAGUCUCGUCUCCUCCAGGCCCCAACCUUGCCCGCCGCCACACCUCAGCCGACAUCAGACAGCACGGCUGGCCGCCAUCAGCCGGUCCCUCUCCCAACUCGCAGUACGGCCCCGGUGCAUCCGUCCAAUGGCCUUCUUCACCAAAUCGAAAUCCCAAUUCCUCUGAUCAGCAUGUCCGGGAUGCACUAGCACGGUAUGAGCUCGGUGGACCGCGGCGGCAGCAGCAGGGACAGCAGUCUAGACAUGUCACGCCACCCUUUCUUGACCCGUCUCAGCCAGACAACGGCUGGGCGUUAGGAGGACCCAAGUUCCCCCGUCCAGUAGAGUCAAUGCCUGCCACCCGUCCAGUGCAGCUGAACGGGCAGAAGAGCCCGAUGGUCCAUUAG